AACGAGUAACGCAUGCGUUACUCGUUACCAGUAACGCAAUAACGCAUGCGUUACUCGUUACCAGUAACGCAAUAACGCAUGCGUUACUGCGUUACCUGUAAAGAAACGGUAAAGCGCCACCCCUAGUUCAUACUCAUACGAAAAAAGUGAACAUGCCUUUUGUUUCCUGAGAGCUAUAGCUGCAUUCUGUGUUAAGGGAAUCUUGCUCUCACCAAGUGUUGUUCUUAAGGCGCAUGCGAACGCGGUGAGGGGCUCGCUGAUGUGCAAACAGCAAAUUAUUUUACUGGACCUCGCUUAUUAGCUCAACGAAAAUUAGUCAUCACGCUAUUCGCUUUUCCAACAGCCAAUUAUGUUCCACCUAUCAAAAUAAUUCGUUGUUUUAGGUGCCAGAAAUUAGGUCACUACGCUCAAAACUGUAAUAAACAAGUAAAAUGUUCUAAAUGUAGUGGACCACAUUCAAUUGACAAGUGUAGCUCUAGUACAGAGAUUUGUCCAAACUGUGGUGAUAAUCACAGAGCUACCUAUUCCGCGUGCAAAGUUCGAUUGGUGUACAUUAAUGAACUGAAAAAUAAACAAUUUCCUAGUAUUGCAAUUGAUACAUCGGUACUACAGCAACGCCGACCGUAUGCAUCCAUCGCUAAACCUCAAUCAUCUCAAGCGUCACAAUUAAUUAAUAAAAACGAUUCGAUUAAUGAAGAAAUUUUGAAACAAGUCUCAUCUGUUGGUAUAACAUUCGCCACAUUGUUCACGAAUGUAGGAAAAUACGUUGAUUUAUUUGAAUUCACUUAUCUGUUUGCAAAUUAG